GGCAAAAUAAGUGUUGAACAGUUCAUAUGUAUGAGUUGAGCAUACUGGAGCUACGAAGCAGCGAACCUCACACAAUCUCGAACUUCAUCAAGAGGGCCUCUGAAAAGCCCCAAGCCGGAGUACAGUACACAGAUGCCGAGUACAAGAAAUUGCUGCGUAAGAUUGACUUGAGACUUCUAGCUCUCAUGCGGAUAAGCUUCCAUUCAUCCCAUCCUGGAUUUGUGCAGUACAAAACAGCCGUUAGCACUCAAUCAGUUUUCGGGGUUCAAGCGGAUACCGGAAUGCAUGGCCAGCAAUUCUCUUGGCUGACAACAAUUUUCUAUAUCUCGUAUCUGAAUUGGGUCGGCCUCAUGGUUCUCCGUUCUCUGCAAGGGUUGCUAGAAUGUACUGUGUCGCCGACUCUCAUGCCCAUCACCGGGGCUUCGUACACUUCAGACGAGCACAUACAUCGAUCCAUCAUUCAGGGCACCGGGAAUGCAGGAAUGAGUACCCGCACCUGGAGAAACAUCUCCUUCUUUCCCGGAGGGGUGAGCAUGUCCCUUGCAGUUCUGAUGUUCUUCGCUCUCGGUACACCGCAUAUGUUGAGCUGGCUUUCGGGGAGUAUGAAGAGGGUGGCUGCUGCGAGAGUAGUCUGGAACAAGACGGGCUCUGAUCGCCAGAAAAGAUCCGAGUGGAAGCGGGGUCAACUUCGAACGACCUUUCGGAACCCUGAGACAUAUCUUCUUGGUACGACCAUAUUCGGGAAUCUGGUCUACAAAUCCUUUGGCUUCGCUUCUCUUGACACUUUGCUAGAGGGAAAGGCACCUCAGCAAGCCGUGUCCGUUGUCUGCUUCUUAUUCGUCGGCUAUUGCACACUCACAAGGCUCAAUCUGAGAUUCACAUCGGCGGUACUCUUCAUUGCCUACUGUACAAGCAAUGCAAUCGGUGGUCAGGUAUUUCAAACCAAGGAUGCACCGAGAUACAUCACUGGACUCACGCUCUGCGAUAUCUUCUAUGGUGUCGAGACUGUAUUGAUGUUCACUUGGCGGUACUAUUACAUUUGGCAGAACACAGUCCGCGCGAAGAAGGUGGCCGCUCUUGGCUUGACUCAUGAAGAGUGCAAAGAGACCAGUCGUCUGAGCGGAGAAGCAGACAUGACGGAUUUUGAAAACUUCCAUUUUGUUUACCCUUUCUAG